UUUUGUACGGUUAAUAUUGCAGAGUUGAAGUGAAGAGGUAAAAAAAAACUUGGAACCUUUCUCUGUCGAUUGCCGUAAUGCAAUUGUUUCGUUGUUGUCUUGACACUAAUUGUGAUGCAAUAAAAGUUUGGCUUGGGUGAUUUGGAUCCAAAUGUAAAUUCAACAGAUUUUUGCUGAAAGUGAAAAUUCGUUUUCACCAGAGCGAACAGGGCGAAAACGGGACCGUUCCUCGCGCGACAAGACAGGUGCGUGCUUCUGGGUCGCGCGAUUAAACUCUUGAUCCGCACUUUCGUUCAAGCGUGGCUAACGCAAGGAGGGGCUCGACGUAUCUGAGGAAAAAUCACACCGGAGGUCCAGAGAACCGCCUCCGCUUCGUUCCGCGCGCGCGAAUCGCGAGUCGCCGGCUGGCGAACGAGAGAAAAAUCUAAGUGACGGCUCCGAGUGUCCGCUUAUCCGGCUCUCCCGUCCAUCUCGUCGUCGGCUCUCGCCGUGCGAGAAGUCGUGAAAAGAAAGUGUGAACAUGUGCGCGUGUUACACAGUCAAAGUGUAAUUAAAAUUAAUUACGUAUGUAACCGCAUCUGAAAUCACAUGUAUGAAGCACGCGCGUGUUCACGAGAACUGUCGCGAAGUGGAAAAGUUGUAAUCUUUGAGAGAUUUACGAAAACAAAAUUUACCUGAACUCUUCGAAUGGAAAUUCAAGGUUCAUCUAUUUUAGCUUGCGCGAGAGAGAAUAUUCACACCCGCGCGCGUGACUCAUCGGCGGCACUGAAGAAUCACGCAAGAGCGGAAGCGGUUUUAAGAAGAGCACGUGUUUGUCUCGCCUGCCCGGGUAAAAAAAAGGUGAUCGAGGAGAUUGAAUAUCGUAUGAGCUCAUCAUUCGAUAAAACAAAGAGGAUAUUCGGAAGGGACGAUGUCAACGACGGUGGACAAAGUGGAUGAUCAGAUUUCCGACGCUAAGCCGCAGCAAAAUGGUCACGAGAAUAACAAGAGCGAGGAGCUGCAGCUUGAGGAUGUCAAUGACAAUAACAACGACGAGACCAUCGAAGUGGAAAUGGUUGUACCGCCUGACGGAGGAUGGGGCUGGGUGAUUGUUGCAGCCUCCUUUAUGUGCAACUUUUUCGUCGACGGUAUCAUUUUCAGUUUUGGCGUAUUUCUCAACGACAUCGCAGAUGCGUUCUCUGUUUCGAAAGCGAGUGUUGCAUUCGUUAACUCGUUACAGAGCGGAUUUUAUCUUAUGGCGGGUCCCUUCGUAUCCGCCCUCGCCAAUCGAUACGGCUUUAGACUGGUGGCGAUAUUAGGAAGUGUGAUAAGCUGCGCCGCCUUCGUCCUCGCGUACUUCAGCACUUCUAUCGAAUUCCUUUACAUUUCUUAUGGUGCCAUCGGUGGCAUUGGGGCAGGUCUAAUAUACGUGCCGGCCGUGAUAACUACCGGUUUUUAUUUUGAAAAAUGGCGGGCCUUAGCCACAGGUAUCGCAGUAUGUGGUUCCGGUAUCGGUGCAUUUUUGCUCGCACCGCUUUCGAAUAUACUCUUAAAAACUUUUGGUUGGAGAGGAGCUUUUCUGUGUCAAGCAGGUAUGUUAUUACAUUGUGCCAUAUUCGGCGCGAUGUUUCGUCCUCUGAAACCAACGAGGAUUAAGGUAAAGAACACUCCGGAAAACGCUGCGCUCGAGGUGAAAACUACGUUGAUAGGAAAAGGUGUGUCUACGACCUCGUUGCACUGUGUGCAGCCGAACAGAAGCGGAUUCUUCGGCACGAAUAAUAAUACGGAAUACCCGACGGCGGCAGAACUCCUCGGCAGCAGCCCUAACAUAGUAAACGCAUCCAAAUCCCUGCAUUCGUUGCACAAGGUGCAUGUGGAGACUCAAAUCUUGGAGAGAAAUGUAAGCACUUCAGAGAAACGGUUAUCCGCGCCAAUAUAUCCUGCGGAUGGUCCCGAUUUGGAUGCUAUGACUAACGAAGAGAAGAUUGCUGAGGAGAAUAAUCUGCUCAGUGGCGACUUAGAACGAUUGAAUGGGAAAGUACCGACGAUUCGUCGACAUACGAUAAGUCGUCUCCGAACGAAUUCAGAAUGCAGCCAAAAAUCUCUUCGAAUAGGCAAACGUAACUCGAAAGAUCCACAGAGACCAUUCUACAGAGACGAUAUCUUCUACGGCGGCUCUUUGAAUAGACUUCCUCAUUAUAGGUCUCAGCAAUCGUCAGUCGGUUAUCACAUGUCAGUGACGCGAUUGCCAACGGCAAAGGAUGUGGCAGAGGAAGAAAGCGGAAGUUUCUACCUGUGUCCGGAAAGUGUGCGACGAAUUUUGACUACAAUGCUCGAUUUGAGCCUCCUAAAAAGUCCGUCCUUUUUAAUAUUAGCGAUCUCUGGUGGGCUCACCAUGAUGGGCUUUUAUACACCCUUUUUAUAUGUGACAGAUCGAGCAAUAAAGGCCAAUAUUGACGCUUCUACGGCGAUGUUCCUUGUUUCGGUAAUCGGUAUCGGUAAUACCAUCGGUCGUAUCGUUUGCGGCUUAGCAAGCAGUUUGCCCGGAGUUAAUGCUCUAGUCGUGAACAAUAUAUUUAUUAGCGUCGGUGGUUUAGUAACUAUACUUUCUGGCCUUUCUUUAACCGAGGGAUAUCAAUUCUUUUACGCAGCCAGCUUUGGCAUCAGUAUAUCCGUCUUUGCUUCCCUCAGAUCGAUCCUCGUUGUGGAUCUGUUGGGCUUAGAGAAACUAACAAAUGCUUUUGGGCUGCUUCUUCUAUUCCAAGGUGUGGCAGCGACUGUGGGCGCGCCUCUCGCAGGUGCAUUUAUGGAUGCAACUGGGAGCUAUGACGCCUCGUUCUACCUGUCUGGCAGCUUGAUUCUUAUGUCAGCUGUUAUCUGUUAUCCGCUAAAGAGGAUCAACAUGUGGGAGAGGCGCGACGAGAAGAAACCAACCGCGAUAGAACCCUCUGCAUCCUGA